AUGGAUCCGGCUGUCCUCCUGGCCAUCCUGUGCCUGGGAGUAGCCUUAGCUGCUGAAUCACUUGAUCCCAGCUUGGAUUCUGAAUGGCAGGAAUGGAAGACAAAAUAUAAUAAAAACUACAGCCUGGAGGAAGAAGGGCAGAGGAGAGCAGUAUGGGAAGAAAACAGGAAGCUGAUCAAACAGCAUAAUAGUGAAAGUGACCAGGGAAAGAAUGGCUUCACCAUGAAAAUGAAUGCCUUUGGUGACAUGACUGAUGAAGAAUACAAGAAAAUAAUGGCUGAUCUUCCAAUCUCAAAAGUCAGGAGGAAGAAAAGCAUCCAGCAACGUAUUGUUGGUCGUCUCCCCAAAUUUGUGGACUGGAGAAGAAGAGGCUAUGUUACUUCCGUGAAGAACCAGGGCAGAUGUAAUUCUUGUUGGGCUUUUUCUGUGGUUGGUGCCAUAGAAGGACAGAUGUUCCGGAAAACAGGAAGACUGGUCUCACUGAGUCCACAAAACCUAGUGGACUGCUCUAGACCUGAAGGCAAUUUGGGCUGUUAUCUAGGCAGCACAUACUAUGCUUUACGGUAUGUGUGGAAUAAGGGAGGCAUCGAGGCCGAGGCAACUUAUCCAUAUGAAGCAAGGGAAGGAUAUUGCAGGUACCGUCCUGAACGCUCUGCUGCCAGAAUCACAGGCUUUUCAUUUGUCUCAAGUAAUGAGCGAGACUUAAUGCGUGCUGUAGCAACUAUAGGGCCCAUCUCCGUUGGAAUCGAUGCUCGACACAGAUCUUUCAGGUUUUAUAGGGGAGGUAUUUAUUAUGAGCCAAACUGCAGUGAUAACAUCACCCAUUCUGUUCUGUUAGUUGGCUAUGGUUAUGAAGGAAGAGAGUCAGAUGGCAGGAAAUACUGGCUGAUAAAGAACAGUCACGGUGAAGGAUGGGGAAUGAACGGCUACAUGAAGAUUGCCAGAGACAGGAACAACCACUGUGGAGUUGCUACAUUUGCCUUCUAUCCCAGAGUGUAA